GUCCUACUGGUUGUCUGUCUUCGCUGCAUGUGCUCACAGUUGGUUGCUCAUUUCUUUGAGCUAAACCGAGACCGCAUAGCGCAUGUUAGGGCUUAACAACAUUAAACUCCAAUCCAGGUGUUGUCCUACAUCCUGUUUCUAGGCAACGUAAGCAGAACUACAUUUUUAGAGGCCUGCGAAUGGAGCGGUUCGCAACCGUGAGUCAAUUUUGCCGGUGCGUGCGCACUUCUUUUUUACAUUUGUAAACGUUAGACAAUCCAAUACAUGAGCAGAAGCACUAAAGAAUGCUUGGCCUUGUCAUUCACGUGCAAGGAUCUUGCGCGCGAAUAUCAACACUGUUUGAAACGGCUAUUUCCGGUGGCAUAUAUUUGAAAAAUAUGUUUCGUUGCACUUUCUGAGUGAUGUCAUGCUCUCUGUCCGUCGAAGAGACUAAAGUGAUCUACUAUAUAGAUGAGGAAGAAACGCCAUAUCUUGUGAAAAUUAACGUAGCACCAACUCUCGUUACUCUCGGAGAUUUUAAAAAUGCUCUUAACCGUCCUCAUUACAAAUUCUUUUUCAAGUCUCUGGAUGACGAUUUUGGCGUGGUAAAGGAGGAAAUAUUCGAUGACAAUACUCCCCUUCCAUGUUUCAAUGGCCGCGUUGUUUCAUGGUUGGUCACGGCGGAAGACAGCACAACAUCAGAAUCUACCCCAUUCGAUGUUAAUGGAGAAGGUGUCCCCAGAAGCAAAUUGGCCGUUUCCGCUGCUGACUCUGGGCCCCAUUCUAAUCGCUGCGACGUCCACGCUUCCAUCUCUUCUGCUCAACACAACCACACGACGGCCGCACCGGCAGAUUCCACAUCAACCACCUUGAAUGCCUGCUCAAAUGGAGUACAACACGGCGACGUAGACAACGAAUCAGUUCACAGUGCUAACCAAGAUCGAAUUGCUCCACUCCGAAAUUUUCACAACUACAAAGCCGGCGCUCGCCAUGGUGUCGCUCCCCACUGCGGUCACCAUGGAGGGCAUCUUCCUUACGGUCAUCCUGGGAACAAUAGACAUCGUCCUCAUCGGAUUUACGGGACUAGCGGUGCUAAUCCUAGCUCUGGGACAUAUGAGACUCCCUCAUCAAUGUUGAGUUCCGAUCUCGAAUCGACUAGUUUCUUCGAUUCUGAGGAUGAAUCCAGCCGCUUCUCAUCUGUAACUGGCACUACCUUAUCCUCUCGACGUUACGGUCGAGUUCGCCAACGACGACGUCGCCGCCCACCAAUCAGUCGUGCGUCGUCAUUCAGCAGCAUCACUGACUCCACAAUGUCCCUGAAUAUUGUUUCUGUCACACUCAACAUGGAUACUGUAAAUUUCUUGGGCAUAAGUAUCGUUGGUCAAUCAAAUAAGACUGGCGAUGGGGGCAUCUACGUCGGGUCGAUCAUGAAGGGUGGGGCGGUUGCCCAAGACGGACGUAUCGAGCCGGGUGACAUGAUUUUGGAGGUGAAUGGAAUCAGUUUCGAAGAGAUGAGUAACGACGAUGCGGUUCGGACACUUCGUGAACAGGUGCAGCGCCCGGGCCCUAUAACCUUAGUUGUAGCGAAAUGCUGGGAUCCCAAUCCCAGAGGCCGCUACUUUACGAUUCCUCGGCAAGAACCAGUCCGCCCCAUUGACCCCCGUGCCUGGGUCUUACACACCAACGCCAUGACAUCUGAUACAAUGGGGAAUGACCCUCAGUUGAUGCUUAACGGGACUCCUAUGACCGGCCCCUCUUCCGGGGGCGAAUCUAGCUCGACACUGAGCCCGUCUGGAGCCGCUGACCUCACCCCAGGCAUGAGUAUGGGCACUCUCACGUCGGGCCAAACUUCAAUGCCUUUGGGUACGAGUGCAGCUGCUUACAAUAUGGCUGCGCUGCUAGCCGCCUCUCAGCAACAGCAACGGAACCGGAGAGACUCCCAUCAGCCCCCAAUGCAGCAACUCCCUCCAUCCCAUUCGCAGCUGCCUCAUCCAAACUUCUAUCCCGUCCCUAACAUGAUGUUACCCCAGGGAUACACUCAACAAGUCACACCGAGUGUAGUCACUGCCUCCAGCUCUCUACCGGAAAUUGAGCGUUAUUCCGAGCCGAUCCCUCUUACUGUGAACACGGACGUGACCACUGUGAUCAGUGCUAUGAUUCAACCGGACUCCGGGCUACAAAUCCGAGAUCGUGUCUGGCUCAAACUGACAGUCCCAAAUGCAUUUAUCGGCUCGGACCUUGUCGACUGGUUAUAUCGACAUCUGGACGGAUUUCCUGACCGUAGAAGUGCUCGAAAGUACGCCUCCAGUCUACUCAAAUCUGGAUACAUCAAACAUACCGUGAACAAGACCACCUUCUCUGAGCAGUGUUAUUAUGUUUUCAGAGAACUUACAGGACACAUGUCAUGCCUCAGUCUGGAGGAAGUUGAUAGUGUGAGCGAACUGGGGUCAUUACCUCCUCCUAACUGGGGCCAAAACACGACCAGCACCAAUCUAACCGUUGGCAUGACAAACAAUAUGCUAACGAACUCCGAUCUCCUGGCUGGUUUCAUCCCAGCUUCAACUGGGCCUCAUCCCGCUGCAAAUGGCUCCGUUGGAUUCAGCGAAGGUGGCAGUAGUCAGUAUAGCAGUGUGCCACCGACGUAUCAUCCCCCGCUGACCGCACCGAUUCGUCAGCUGAUUGCUGAUGGCCAAGACGCAACGGCUGCCGUUGCAUCAAAGAGAGCACAAGGCCUUCAGAGGGUUCUGAGCACCACCAGAGAUAACAUUCCAGGCUACUCGGACUCAUCCUCAAGCUCAGACAGCGACUUGGAUCAGUUCGGCCAUGCACCUAAACGUGAUGCUAAACAACAACAAAAUGGAUUUGUUGCGUCCGCUCUAAACGAUUCGAAUUUUGUGUCAGGAGCAAAAGAUCUCGGCACCUCUCCCUAUCGUGCAUCUCAUAACAUUCAAGGUUUAUCGAUUCAUAUGCGACCCCAGAGGACACAAAUGAACUCACACGUUUUGCCGUCUACCUGUCAGAAGAAUAAAGAUGUUUCUGCUUUUUCCACUGCUUCCAGCUCGACUUCCGAAGGAAAUCACCGUGAUAGUUCGAACUGUCGACAGACGGACGCACGUGGUCGUGCACACGAAGCACUUCUUCAGGAGUCAGUGCCCAGCUCUAAGAGUAGUAGCAGUAGCAGCUGCGCUCCCCUCCAAUCCGGUCACUCUGUCGAGCAGACUCAGUUCAACAGAUUUUUUACCAGUCAACACAGUCCUAUUCCGCCGCCGCCACCACCCCCUCCAAGGAUUUCUACGGCCAUUUCCGGUCUUAUCCUAACUAGUCACCCUUAAGCGCUCCUUGUCCUCCUGAUCCGUCUACGCUCCCCGUACUUUUGACUAUCGUUCCCCUUACUUAACACAAGUGGUUUUGGUUCUGUUGUCUACUGCUUACUCCUGGGAACCUGUCACGGGAACGCGUCUCUUUACACCGGAUCUCACUUAUUCAACAAUCUUACACCUGCAUCCGAGCCAACAUCCACUCGACCCAUCAGUGCCUGUGGAUCUACCUCCCAUCUUGCUUUUGGCGUCACCACUUCGUUAUCUGCGAUCACUUAACGUCCCGUACUUCGCCCUCCUACAUUUCUGUAUAAUAUGACCUCUUACUUGAAGAGGCUAACCAUGACCUCCUUUCUUCACCUCUACCAACUCGGAUAACUGCCUACUGAUUUGCAUGUUUUCGCUCUUUCUAUUCUCUGCUUCCCAUUUUCCUCAUCUCGUGUUUGCUCGAUUAUUUGUCAUUACUUUUUUCUCGAGCAUCUUCACUUUGCACUCAACUACUAACUUUUUUUAUUAUCAAAUGUCAGUAAUUUUAACACCGCGCUCAUACUUCGUUAUUCUUUUCGACUUUGCAUUACUGCAUCCUUUGUACAGACCCGCAGUCCCCGAUGAAAGUUGCCCGAAUUUCGCUUAUUUGCUAUGCUUAAUUCAACAUGUUAACCUUCCUUGUGACUUUCAUGCCACCGGUGCUUCUGUGGUUUUCGUUUAUUAAACUGAUUCUUUGGUCGACAUCUAAUUGAUCUAACUUACCAUCAGUAGCUGUCAACAUGGAUUUCACGCGUUUGUUUCAUUUUUUCUUUUAAUUGGAUCACUUCAGAACUUUUCGAGGUUUGGUUAGAAUCCGCAAGUUCAGUCAAAAUGUAAUCCGUAUCAGGGCAUGACUGUUUGACCCAAGGCAGCAAGCUUCUACGCUGCAGUUCUCCAAUAUCUUCUCUCUUCUCCCAAGGCGAAUUCGUGCCUAGUCGUUUAAUUUGCUUAGCACACUUACCAACUUGAAAGCAAUAUCCAAACUGUAGCUACUUUUUGUUUGUUUGUCUGUCUGUUCGAAUUCCGCUAACAUCCCCGACUAACUGGCUUUGAUAGACGACAAGCACGCUCUCCGACUUCUUACCACAUGGAUUUGUCGUCGUACGCGUUAUCCCAUUGGCGUAGCCUCAGCCAUUACAUGCUCUUUACCCUUUCCCUGCUACUAUGUGCUAACAAUCCAUAGCUUUUUGGCCAAUGCUACCGUCCUCCAAGCUAUCCAUAUUUACUUGAAAGCUCCGCGCUGCUUCGCCGAGACUUCGUGUCACUCUUUAAAUCUGUCUGCUUUACUGACUAUGGCAGUAUAGAUUAAUGUACCAUCGGGACCUUUUGCAUGCGAUGAUUUGAGAUUGUAACAAUCCGGUCAUCUGUUUUAUCGGCUAUCCGAAAUCGCUGAGCAGGUUCGUUACGUUGUAUAGGACCUUAGCCUUCCUAACUGUGUUCUCCACCUUUAGCCAGGUUGUAUAAUGACGAUAAUUGUAAAUAAGUGGUUUAUUCUCGAAUAUAUCGAGGCACACCAAAUCCACAGUGGAUUCA